AUGGAUGAGAAUUUAUUAGAACUUGAACAUUACCUUCUAUCAUGUUUAAGCAAUGAUCAAGCGGAGAUUAAUGCUGCCACAGAGUAUAUCUCAAAUAUUAUACAAUCAGAAAAUGCAAAUUCUUUAUUUUUUGGAUUAAUUUCAAAUUCUGCAGAGCCAAAUGCAAUUCGACAAGCAGCAAUUCAGCUUUCAAAUAUCAUAAAAAUGUCAUGGGAUAAAUACACAAUUGAAAAUAUCCAUGAUUUUGGGUCACAAAUUAUGAACUUCCUUAAUUCGAGUAAAUAUGAUGCAAAGACAAAGCAAUUACUAUCAAACGUAUUAAUACUUAUUAUCAAUAAUGUUAAAGAGCCUUGGCAAGAAUUAUUUGAUUUUAUCUCAAAUCUUAAUAACGAAGUAACAGAUAUUAGGCUUCAAAUUGCCUUAAAUUCAAUCAGACUCUUUAACGAGAACGAUAUUUCUACAUUAAUUCCUAUAUUUCAAAAUUCAAUAAAUUUUUCUUUUAAUUCCGGCAAAAUUGAGCUAAUAUUAAGUUCAAUGCAACUACUAAUUGAGUUACUAACCAUAAAUCCAGAAGGAUUUGAUCAAAAUCUCCAAAUAAUUCCACAAAUAAUUCCAAAUCUUGUUAAUUCAAACGAUACUGAACAAUCAAUAUUCUUUUCAUUACUGUCCAAGAUCAUUUCAUUAGCUCCUGAAGUAGAUGGAAUUAUAAAAACAAUAAUUCAAUUUAUUCAAACAGAUUCAAGUUUUCCUGAAGUAUCUAUAUAUGCAAUCAACUCAUUAUCAUCAUAUUCUCAUAAUUUUACAGAAGAACAACUCGAUUCUGUUCUAGAAAUCCUUAUUUUUCAAACAGUCAAAUUAUCUGAAACUUUGAACAUUCUUCCAGAAGAUUCAUCAGAUUUUAUUGAAUCACUGCUCAACGAAUACCAUCAUAACGAUGUCUAUUCGAUAAUUAAAGCAAAUUUACAAGAAUGUUUGACAUCAGAAAAUUCUUUAGUAAUUGCAACAGGAAUUCUACUUCUUUCGCCUAUUCUGAACUCAGCACCAGAAGUUAUCGUUGGAGAUGAGAUGCAAUUUGUGUUGGAAUUGUUAAAUCUCGCAAUUUCUCCGGAAAAUCCGAUAGAUGUUUGUAAGGCUGGCUGUAGAUUGGUCGGAUACGCAUAUUCAAUUGAUCCUUUGUGUCUCUACUUAAUAAGAUAUACAGAAUCAAUCGUUUCUUUGAUGAUUUCGGAAGAUAUUGAAUUAUCUCACUUAGCAAGUCAAGCUUUGGACUGGAUCUUUGACGUAAGACAGGUAGUCGAUGAAUCUGUCGUUCAAUUUUUGUUCGAUUCCAAAGAAAACGUCCAAUUUAAUUGUUUAUCGAGGUAUUUAUUGACUUUUCAUAAGGCAAUCCUAUCAGCGAACCAUUUAUCAGCUAAUUUGAUGCAGAGGGUCUUUGAUUUUACUGUUGAAAACUUAAAUCAAACUGGAAAUUCGGAAUUUGUUGGAAUAUCUUUGAAUAUAUUCGCUUCUUUGCUAUCGAAAGACGAGAAUUAUGCUUCUUAUCUAGAAAACAUAGUUCCUUUCGUUCAGCAAUGCUUGGAAAGCGAAGAAUUCGAUUGUUUCAACGCAUUGACAUUUUUAGGAAAAAUUUCAGAAAUUUUGGGAGUUUGUGGAACAGAAUUUUUAAGUUUGUUCAUCGAGAAACUGGAAGAUAUCAUUAAAAACAGGAAAAUCUACAGAGCAAUGAGAUUUAGAGCUUCAAUUAAAACUUUGUGCAAAUUUAUCAGAUAUUCAGAGAUAAAUGUCAUAGAAUUUACUCUGAAAUGGCUCAAAAAGAUGAUAGUGUCACAUAUUGAUCAUGACAUCAACGAAGGAUUGUUGAAUUUGAAGAUUAUUGUAAAAUCUUUAGAUGAUCAAACGAAAAAGAGGUUUUACAAAAUAGUUUUAAGCACUACGAUGGAAACAGACUCCCAAGAGAUCUUAUCUUCGCGUCUUUUGGUUCUUCCUAAAUUUAUCAAAUAUCCUCCACAAAAUUAUCAAGAAAAGAUGUUCCAAGAACUCUCAGAUUUCUGUUACUCCUUUGUGGAAGGAAAUUUGGAAUGUUUGGGCGGAAAAUCGUUUUUAAAUGAAAUGAUUUUUGCUCCUUUGGUCCAAGACUUCGCAAACUUCGUUGCAGUGUUCUGUUCUAAGUCUAAUAUAAACUGCACUGAGAUUGCAAUGCUUUUUAGCCCUUUAAUCGAGAAAAAUGAAGAAUUUUAUUUAUCUCUUCUGUUUUCUGUGUUUUCUGGAGUUCUAGAGAACGAAACAAUCGAUGAAAACUUCGCACAGGAGAUAUGUGACUACAUUCCAGCCCUUUUUGAGAAAUCUGUGACGAUUAAUUUGCAACAUGACGCAAUUUUCAUGAUGAACAAACUUUUAGUGCAUUUCCCGCAACUUUAUGAUGAUGCAAAGCCACUGAUAGUCGAAAAUGCCUUGAAUUGGUUCAACAAAGCGAAAUCUGAAAAUUCAAUUUUCGGAAAAAUGCUUUCUAACGCUGCAUCAUUGUUUAUACAUGCAGCAACACUAGAUAAAACAAUUGACCAGCAGAUUAUUGAUCAGUCUUUGUUGUUUUAUCCUCCAGAAGAUGAAACAGAAUUUUCUGAUUUCACAAAUUAUAUUUUUCAACUUUUUGAAGUUUCUGAACUGAGUUUGGACUCAAAGAAGAACAUAGCAACAGGUUUGUUUACAGUUAUAACUGCUCAGAAGUAUAUGAUGAGAAAAUGGCAUUUAUCUGAAGAAAAAUCCCAAAUUUUGAAUCAGAUUUUACGAAAUUUGUUGGAAGAUGAAACCAUUUUAUCUCAUAUGAGAAGUAUAUUACAAAAUGAUCCAUCUUCUUUACAGAAAUUAGAAAUUUUCCUUUCAAAUUCAAAUUGA